CAUUUCAGCACUAAUAUCAAGCUUCCCAUGCUGUGUUUCGCCGUGUGGUUCCAGCUGAAGCAGAAGUGUGUGUAUGAGGUGAAGACCAUCGCCCAGAUCAUCACGCAGGAAGCUCAGACUGAGCUGGAGAGGCUGCGAGCCAUCUGGGUCUGGUUGUGCCACAACAUAGAGUACGAUGUGAGCGGGUACCUGGGCCAGUCGAAGAUGCUGUACUCCCCGGAGGAGGUGAUCGCUGCAGGGAAGGGCGUCUGCUCUGGCUAUGCCAGCCUCUGUCUGAAGAUGUGCAGAGAGGUGGGCCUCCAGUGCCAGGAAGUCAGCGGCUACGGCAAGGGCGUCGGACACCGGCCGGGUCAGAGCCUCCGGGACGUGCGGUCGAAUCACAUGUGGAACGCUGUGCUGCUGGGGGGGCAGUGGUUCCUCAUGGACGCCUGCUGGGGCGCCGGUCAUAUGGACAUGCAGCACAAGAGCUUCGUCAAGGAGUUCAAUGAUUUCUACUUCCUGACCGAUCCGGAGGACUUUGUGGAGUCUCACUUCCCUGACAAGGAGGAAUGGCAGCUCCUGGACCAACCCAUGACCCGGGAGGAGUUUGAGAUGCUGGUCUCAAAGUCCUCCACGUUCUUCACCCUGGGCCUGAAGCUCAUCCAGCCGAAGCACUUCUACACGAUCACAGACGACGGGGAGGUGAACCUGUCCAUCAGCUCCUCCAUGUCAGUGACCUACACCUAUGACAUCACCCCACGACAUGACCUCCUUCACGGGGGCAACGCCGAGCAGAAGGAAACCAGCAGGUCCUCUUGGGGCGUGAUGACCAUGUCCCACCGCACCAUGCGCCUGCAGAUCCUGCCCCGCGCCCAGGGGACCUACGACAUCAUGGUUUACGCCCGGCUCGAGUUAGCCUCCGGUCCGCUGAGCUCUGUCUGCUCCUUCACCGUGGAGUGCCCGGCCCCCAGGGCCAUGGAGGAGAUCCCCGAGAACCCCUCAUGGUUCUGGGGCCUGCAGGUCGGCUCCGAGGCCCUGGGCGUGGCCCCGGGAGGCUCCCCGGGGAGCCAUAUGCUGGAGGUGGAAGAGGGCGAGCUGGAGCUGACGAUGAAGACCUCCCGGUCUCUGAUGGCCCUGUGCGAGCUGGUCCAUCUGGGGCUGGAGCCCGCCCUCACAAAGCGAUGCCUGGCUACGCAGAUCCGCCCGGACGGCCUGACGGUCCACACGCUCUGCCCGUCCCGCGGCUUCUACCGCCUGUCCGUGUUCGUGCGAGACUACGACAAGCCGGAGGACCGCUUCCAGAACGCCGCAAACUUCCUGCUGCACUGCAAGGUGGCGACCGAGGUUGAGCUGUUCCCGCCGGGCCUUGGCUCGGAGUGCGGCCCGGGGACCAGCACGCUGCAGGCGGGCCUUUCCAAGUUCAACCACACGGGGGUGCUGGUGAGCACGCAGCAGGGGAAGUGCAACGUCACCUUCCACAAUCAGCAGGACCUGGAGCUCCACGCCGUGCUGUGGAGGGCGGAGGGCCAGGAGCCGGCCGUCCGCCUGGAGCGCCACCUCUUCUGCACCUUCACCGACAGCAGGGUCAUGGUGAGCACCAGCCUGCCCGGCCCGGGGGUGUACCGCCUGGGGCUCUACGCCCGGACCACCCCCGGCGCCGCCUUCAACCCCAUAUGUGACUUUGUCCUGAGGAGCAGCUGCGAGCAGCCGGGGCUUCCCUUCCCCAGCAUCUAA